AUGUAAAACCGUCUAAAAAACUAAAAGAAACUAAACUAAUAAAAGAACCGAUUAUUUGAAUUCUAUCUAACAAACUUCUAUUUGAAAGAGAGAAAUAAGAAAAUAUCUAGAUGCAUAGAAAAGGAUCAGGUUCCUUUUUUUGAAUUAGUCCGUCUCUAAAAUAUACCUAAAAAUCAGAGCACAGAUAAAUGGAACGAAGGAUAUUCAGAUAAAGGAAAAACAAAAACAAAUCAAAAAGAAAAAAAAAUAAGAAAAAUCAAGAAAAAUGAAGAGAAAGAAGAGAAAAAGAAAGAUAAAUAAGUAGGCAGAGGCACAUAUGAGAAUAGAGAUACAAAUAGAAAAAACCCAUAAAAUUAAUAAGAUUAAGUAAUGCUUAAUGAACUAAAGCUUGACAAAUUGCCUCACUUCAAUUAGUUCCCUGAAUCUGAAUAUCAAUUCCUAUCCCGGCCAAUCGACUCCGCAAAUAAAAAUUUUACAAUUAUAAAGAAAUUUAAAAAGAUAGAAUUGUAAGAUUAACUUCAAGGAACUUAAAAACACCUUGCUAUGUCAAAAUGUCAAUGCCGUUCCAUCUGUGCAUAUAAUUCUUAUCUCUAGUUAUAUGUUUAAAUUUUAGGUUUAAAAUUAUAUCCAGGAAUAUACGUAUCAAAUUAUACAAUUUUUACAAUUGUUCGUAAAAUACGAUGCUAAAAUUGUAAGAAUUUAGGCUGCAAAGCCUUGUUUUGUCAAAAUGUUAUUAUUGCCGUUAAAUAUUUAUUCCCGCUCUCUUCCCUUCUCUUUCCAACUCUUUCCAAUUUUGCUCUUAGAAAAAGAUUGAGAUUAUUUAAAUUGAUUUUCCGAUUUCCAGCUUAUUGA